AUCGAAAAUCUAAUUUGAAAAACGUAUUUUUCAUAAAGUUAUGAUGCUGGAGCACUAAUCUGUAGUUAUGCCCUUUAAGUUCUAACACACCUGUGAAGAGUUAUGCAAAAAGAAAUACAAUUAGUUGUCAUCGAAACAUGGCGGUGUCGAACAUCAGUGGAAAGUUUACGAAAUAUCUCUUAUUUAUUCUUUCUUUAUUCGGCUUCAUUCUCUCAAUGUACGCAUUUCAUGUAGGGACAGUCAAACAGAAAAACGAUUCCUAUAACCCAUGGUGUGAUUUUAGCCGAACUAUGAGUUGUUCUCAAAUAUUUACAUCGCGGUAUGGUAAAGGAUUUGGUCUGGUGGACAGGAUUCUAUCGAAGGACAGUAUUUUCAAUCAACCCAGUAGUGUCUUUGCAAUGGCCUUUUAUAUGAUGCAAAUCUUUAUGACCAUUACCAAAUCGGACGACGCCAUUGCUAUGCAAAGCCUUGUUUCUCUUCUGGCAAACUUUGGCUCCAUCUACUUCUUCUAUGUACUUUAUAGUCUUCAGAACUUUUGCCUCAUUUGCAUAUCACUUUACAUAAUCAAUGCUUUGAUUCUCGUUUGCGUGCUGCUUCGGUUAAUCACUCUCCAUAAACAGACACUGAAGAAGACCCACUAAUCCACAGGUGGAUUAUGCAAGGUGGAUUAAACAGGUGGAUUAAGCAAAGGAAAGUGGUAAACAGAAGGAAAAAAAAAUAACAACAAAGACACUAAGAAGCAAACGAACGCUUUAAUGAACAAAUGAAGGGGCUAAUGAAUUAACGAACUAAUGAAAGCAUUAACAAACAAAAUGAAUUAACAUGUUAAUGAAAUAAUGAAUGAAUGAAUGACAGUAUUAAAGAACAAGCGAAAAAGUUAACGAGCCAAGAAGGGUUUUAAUUAACAAGAAAAAGUAUUUUUUUAAAUAAAAGAAAAAAAUUCACAAAAAUUAAAAUUUGGAAAAUUUUGUUAAAAGAAAAAAAUAUUACAGAAGAAACUCUAAGUAGGAAACCAAAUAAUUUUGGCAGAUUUGAAAGUAGGAAAAUUUAAUAUUCUAAGAAAAAAAAUGAAUUGGAGAAAUUUCUAAAAAGGAAAACAAAAUUUUAAAAACUACAAAAAAAAUUCAAAGAAAUUUGAGAAAAGGAGAAAUAUAAGAAAAAAUAUAUAUAUAAAAAAGGAAAAAAAUUAAACGGAAAAGAAAAAUUUAGACAUUCCCACUUGUAGUGAUUCUGUCCAAAUUCCAAGAAUUUUGGCAGCAAUAGUUACUGGUAUUGAUUUCUUAUGGCUGCGGUCAUCUCAUAUGCAUAUGUGAGGGUUAGGGUAAAGAUGUGAUAGGCUGGUAAGUAAAAUAGGAUUGCCAGAAAGAAAUGAGCAAAAACAAUUUGUUAUGAGAGAAUUUGGAAACUGUGCUGUAUCUCGUACAUAUACAUAUAUAUGUGUGAUCACUAAAAGCUUUAAGCUUAUAUAAAAAUACUAUUAUUAUUAUUUACAGGAUUGUAAAACAUGGCGCCGUAUAAAAAAAACCAUUCGCACCGAAAGCAUAUAGAAAGUUUGUUUACUUAGAACAAAUACGAACUAAUAUAAUUUUUAAAUUUGACAGAAAUGGGGAGGCUAAUUCGCUGGUGUAAAGGUAACACAUUUAGUCACGUUAACAAAGGGAUGUGGGUUCGACUCCCACACAAACAGGAAAGCCUUCUUUUUUUUGUCAAGGGCUUAUAUGCCUAUUUUCCUUAGUCAUUGCACGGUGAUCGCUAAAAGCUUUAAGCUUAUAUAAAACAUACCAUUAUUAUUAUUAUUUACAGCAUUGUAAAACAUGGCGCUGUAUAAAAAAACUGGCAUAAAAAAAUUAAUUAUUGGGGAUAGAUUUGUUUGAAUAACCCAACAAGAUGGUGCCCCAGUAUGGCCACAGUCCAAUGAUUGAAACAAGUAAAAGAACAAGAAAGACAUCCAUUCCAAGAAUUUAAUUUGCUAAAAACCGUUUUUUUCUAAUUUACCUAUUUUUUACAUUGUACUUUUUUUAUGUUUUUGUUUUUUAGAAAAUAAAAAAAAAAUCUGUUCCAGA